AGAGAUCUUCUCAUCUUCCUGGAUUGAAUUGAAUUGUAUGCAAUGUCGAAGAGCGAGGAACCAGCUAUCGGAAUCCCCUAUAAUCCGGCCUAUCAGGCGCCGCCGCAGCAGCAGCAGUACUUUGUUCAACAAAACCCUUACCAAGCUGGCGUCAUCCCUCCCAACGCCAUCGUCGGAGACCCCAAGGGAAUUCCGAUUCAGCAGACUAUGUAUCGCGACACUCCCGCACCCUUCAACUGCAUCCACUGUGGCAAUUCUGGACUUACCCUUGUCAAGUCGAAACCAAGUUUGGCAGCUUGUGUUGGGUGUAUGAUGCCAAUGAUGCUUGGGGUUUGCUUUCUCUGCCCCUCAAUGGAUUGCCUUUGGCAUAAAUAUCACUACUGUCCAAGCUGCAAAGAGAAAGUUGCCGACUUUGAGAAGUCUGAUCCUUGUAUAGUGAUGGACCCUCCGCAAUGGAAAGAACUAAGUUUUGCACUACCUGGCUGAUCGAUAAGCAAUUGCUGUCCGUAUUCCAUUGUAUUUGCCACUCCAUACAUAGUAGUAUUAAGUAUUCUUUUCUGGUUGAUGAACUGAUAUACUUUCCAGCUGUGUUCUUUACAUAAGUUUUUGUUAAAUAUGGUACAGAACUAAUCCCGAGCUAUAUUGAGUUAUAUUGAAGUGCGUUAUUUGCUCAGUGAGUGAUACAUAAAAUGCUUGUUGUGUUCAAGUUCUCACAUGUAAAUGUAAAAUGCUAUUACUGUUUAUAUAUAGAGAAUAAUAAUUCGUAUUCUAGAUCA